ACAGCAGCCUGCAUAAUGCAUGUGGAAAUCUGGAUAUUUUUGCUUUGACUGUCAACAGGUUUGAGUAGUAUCCUGUUCACUGCAUGCUCGUUGUAAAAGGCUCCCACUGUGCCUUCAUCACACACUAAAAUAUGAAUCAAUGCAACAGUAACAAUCUGACGUUAUGAUUUUUAGACGUGGGCAUGUUUCCAACUUAUGAAACUAAGUUAGGGAGAAAACAAAGUUCAACAUAUGACCUACUUUAUCGAUGCCAAUCUGGCCGUAAGCUGUUUUGUGUUAACUUUGCAUUAAGAUGCAUUUUUCUAUUGAUCUCUGCUGACUUUAGGACAUGCGUCUGUUGUCUUCGUUUAACACUUAACACAGUGUUUUGCUUGCAUAAAUAAAUUGCACCAUAGCUCUGUUUCGGGGCAGCGUCAUGUUUUGUGACUGCAAUGCCUUUUUUUUUUUUUUUUUUUUUUUUUUUAAACAGGCGAUGGGCGUAACUGGACGGAGAUGGCGCUGUUGAGCAUAUAUUUUGUUUCAGUCCCGUUUCCCUCCAUGGUUUCUCCUCUCUCCGACUAACUUAGCGUUUGGCUCAGUUCAUUAUACAGUCCUAUAUUCUCCCUCCAUUAGGGCAUCUCUGCCUUUGGACUGAAGAUCCCACCAAAACCCAGGAGAGAAAAGUUUAACUUUCAUAGGGCAAGAUGGACAUGAAAAAGAGGAUCCACUUGGAGCUAAGAAACAGGACACCGUCUGAUGUACGAGAACUUGUCCUUGAUAAUUGUCGAUCAGUUGAAGGAAAAAUCGAAGGCCUCACAGCUGAGUUUGUCAACCUGGAAUUCCUCAGUUUGAUAAAUGUUAAUUUAAUUUCAGUCUCCAACCUUCCUAAACUAGGAAAACUCAAAAAGCUGGAGUUGAGCGACAACAGAAUCAGUGGCGGCCUUGAUGUUUUAGCAGAGAAACUACCCAACCUCACACAUCUAAACCUGAGUGGAAACAAAUUGAAAGACAUCAGCACGUUGGAACCAUUGAAAAAGCUGGACAACCUGAAGAGUUUGGACCUGUUUAACUGUGAAGUGACAAACCUGAACGACUACAGAGAGAGCAUGUUCAAACUGCUGCCCCAGCUCACCUACCUGGAUGGUUACGACAUGGAAGACCGGGAAGCCUCCGACUCCGAUGGAGAGGUGGAGGGAGAUUGUGGCGACGACGAGGAUGACGAAGAAGGAGAGGAGGAAGAAGAUGAGGAUGGAGAGGAAGAGGACUUUGAUGAGGAAGAGGAUGAGGAGGAAGAUGAAGAGGAAGUAGAAGGAGAGGAGGAUGAUGAAGAGGUCAGCGGAGAAGAUGAGGAGGAAGAAUUUGGUCAAGACGGAGAGGCAGAUGAAGACGAUGAUGAUGAUGAUGAAGAUGAAGAUGAAGCAGAAACCGGCAAAGGAGAAAAGAGAAAGCGAGACCCAGAGGACGACGAUGAGGACGACGACGAUGAAGACGACGAUUAAGAGCUAAAGUGAAAACGAGAGCCUACCGAGUUACCCUUCCUCCCCCACAAACCCAAACGUCCGCCCUCCUACAACUCGCACCGCCUUUGUAAUCCACAUUUAACCCCCCCACCCCACCCCAACUCUUCCCCCUCCCCUCCCAGCUCUGAGCUCUUUUAUGGGGCAAGACUGUACCGGAUGGGUGGGCCGAGUGGAACUGCCCCCCCCCUUUUUUUUCUCCCCCACACCCCACAUGGAACUGAGAGCCACCCAACAUCCUCCACUUCACCCAACCCACGGCCCAGAGGUUCUCAGGCAGCCCACCACUCAGCAUUCCACAAUUUCACUGUCGACCCCUCUUUAUGUAUUCCCGUGUGAGGACUUUGGGACUGGUAUCUAGUUUUGGGUCUGUGCUUUUAAUAUUUUGUUGGAUGAUUUAUUUUUUGUUGUUGGGUUUAUUAUUUCUCAUUUUUUGUCUUUUUUCUGUUCCUUAUUUUUCCCAAUAAAAUUAUUGCUAUAGCAGCUGUGCAACCAGUGAGCCAUGAUUUUUAGAGUGGCCGCCUGUUGCACAAAUCAAGGUUGUAGCUACAUUUUUACUUUCUGUAUGACAAAAAAAAAACAACUUUGUAAAUAAAAUGUUAACAUUUUGUGCUUU